CGGGACACAAAUAAAAAAAGUUGGAGACUGCCUUGAGUUUUUCUAGCUAGCUAUGUAGCUAACGAUGUUUGUACAAACUGCUAACUGCCAGGACUUUUUUGUAUUAGUUAGCAAACAUUGAAUUCAAACGGCGUUAUUGGCUAUAUAGAGAUAGUUGCAUCAUGUCUCACAGUACAUACAACAAACUGUGGGCUGAUGCCCAGGUCGAGUUGAACUCCCUUCUGGCUCAGGAGUUCCCUGCUCAGCCUCCUCGCCCAGAGAAGGACCGAGUGGUGUUCUUCCAACGCCUGGCCACCCUCUACGUGCGCUACGUGCAGAUCUUCAGGCAGCUGGAGGAGGCCUAUGACCAGGUGGUUCAUCCCCAGAAGAGGAAAGUAAUCCGGGAGGUCCUGGAUGGCGUGAUGGGGCGAGUGCUGGAACUUAAGAAUGAGAUGGUGGAAAAAGAGUUCUCUGAGUACCAUUACAUGGACGAUGUCAUCCAGGACUUGAAGCUCACGCCUGAGGACAUUGAGAUCCCCAUCCCUCGAUAUUUCCUCAGUGAACGCAGCAAGGUGUUGCAGGAGAGAGGGAAUAUGCUCUCCAACAUCCUCAACCUCAUGGAGGUAGUAGAGAGACCCAAGCCUGUAGGAGUGCGUGCACUGAACCUGGAGGAAGCCAUAAAGAUCAUCCAGGUGUCAGAGAGGGCCCGCCAGGGUCGCCUGAGGGCCAAGUUCAUGAGGGAGAUCCAGCGCGAUGAGGAAAGGCAGAGGAGGGCCAAGGACAGGGACCUGGGGACAGCGGCCAUCGACACGGCUGUGGUUCGCAUCCAGAAGGUGUGGAAGGGUUAUGUGCAGAGGAAAAAAACAAAGAGGGAGCGAGAGGAGGAGAUGAUAUUUUUGGGCAUGGCCAUGGAGCCCAGACACACCCAGCCUUGUCCUGCCAUGACAGCUGCCCAGGCCAACGAGGCCCGUCGGAGGGACAAGCAGGAGGAGCACGAGGAGGACUACCAGAAGUCCAUUGUGGCCAUCACAGACAAACUCAGAGAGGUGGAGGGGCCCGACAUGAGGGAGACCAUGAAGGACCAGAUCAGACAGUGGUUCAUCGAAUGCCAUGAUGCAACAGGAACUUUCCCUGACUACCCAGAGGAGGAGGAUGGAGGCUCGACUCUCAUCUUUGCAGAGAAAACACCUCAACAGUUAAUGGAGGAACUAUCAGCAAAAGAGGAGGAGGACGCCAACAAAAACACGAAAGGAAAGGAGGAAAAGAAGGACAAAGGGAAGAAAGACAAGGGAAAGGGAGGAGAUGAGGAGGAGGAAUCUGGGCUAAAGAUGCUGCCAUCUGCUUUCCUAGGAGAACUGGAAGUAGGACAGAAGACCUUUGGUGAGGUGUGGCAGAAUCGUACCGAGUCCAAGAACUUUAGCCAGAGGCACGAGGCUGAGCUGAUCAAGGAGGAGAAGAGGAAGGAGAUUGAGGUGGAGAUCAGGUUGCAGGUGGACGAGCUGAUGAGGCAGGAGCUGGCUAACUGGAAACUGGCCGUGGAUAAAGAUAAGGGUGGCAAAGCCAAAGGAGGCGCAAAGAAAAAGAAAGGGUCGAAAAGUGGAAAGAAGAAAAAGAAAGACAAAGAUCUGACAGCUGAUAGGAAUAUUGAGUCUCUGUAUCAGGAACUGGUGGAACAGGGCUUGUUGAAACAAUCGGAUAACGUUAAACUGCAGGAUUAUUUAGGCGACUAUAGCUAUCUGGGGACGACGUUAAGACAAACUGACAUUGAGCCCAUGCCUUCGCUAUCUGACGUGAGACAGGUUAUAGCUCUGUACGCCGUCUUACCUUUAGGUUCUCAGGUGGUCCAUGAGAAGGCUCCUCUGGUGAAGGCCAUCCUGCUGGCAGGGCCCGCGGGCGUAGGCAAGAAGAUGCUGGUCCAUGCCAUCUGCCAGGAGACGGGCGCCAACCUAUUUGAUCUGUCACCUUUGAACCUGGCAGGGAAAUACCCUGGCAAGAGUGGCCUGGCCAUGGUGCUCCACAUGGUGUUCAAGGUUGCCAGACUGAUGCAGCCAUCAGUGGUGUGGAUUGGAGAUACAGAGAAAAUGUUUUACAAGAAAGUACCGAAGGAGGAAAAAGAGUUAGAUCCAAAACGCUUGAAGAAAGACUUGCCCAAGUUUCUCAAAUCUAUCAAAGGGGAAGAUCGUGUUCUAGUCGUGGGAACGACUCAUGAUCCAUUCAAUGCCGACCUCAAAUCACUAUGCAAGGUGUACAGCAAAAUUAUCCUCAUUCCACGUCCCGACUACGCCUCACGAUAUGUCAUGUGGAGGCAGUUGAUCAAGAAGAACGGAGGACAGGUGACGGCUGCCCUGGACCUGAGCUCCUUGGCCAAGAUCUCUGAUGGCUACACGCAGGGUCAUAUGGUGCAGGUGGUGCGCAGCAUACUGACGGAGCGCCGCGUCCAGCAGCUGGCCAAGAGACCCCUGAGCGCCGCCGAGUUUGUGGCCCCGCUGGCCAAGAUCGACCCUGUGUUUCAGGACGAGGAGGAGGCCCUGAAGAAUUGGUAUGCUAAAACUCCUCUGGGUAAGAAGCGAGCCAAAGCUGCCUCAGGAAAGGAGGGAGAGGAGGAGGCACCGACAAAGGGAGGCAAAGAUGCCAAGAAGAAAGGGAAGAAGUAAAUCGAUCAACGUCUUACCUUGACUGAACGCAACACUGGAAGAAAAACUGAGGUGGACACCAAUAACAUUUGCGCACCAGUUUCCUUGAAGUUGUUGUAUUUUAAAUUAAUCUGCAUAAUUUAUUUCAUUUUCUCUUCAUGCACUGUCAUUUUCUGUUCAUGAAUAUGUCACAUGGUCCAAUCUGCUAUUGGAGGGUUGCUUAAAGCAGAAAGUCAGGGGCAUCCUGUAGUGGGUAGUGAUAUUUGACAUGUGUAUAUACAGUAUAUACAGUAUGAUAUUAUAAAUACCUCACAUGCAACUCAGUAACACUAAGUAAUUAGCCUAUUCAAAUGUUUAUCUGACUCCAUAAAGAGGAUUUAACAAUAUGCAAGAACACUAUAGUAGAGUUACAAAUAGGCAGUCAAGAAAUGUCUGAGAAUGGAAUUCUAAGUACUAUCAGGUUACAGGUAAGACCCAAAUGCAGACUGUGUUGAAGUAACAAUCUUUAUUAGAGCAACAGGGGCGGGCAAACGACAGGUCAAGGUAGGCAGGGGUCGAUAAUCCAGAGUAGUGGGCAACAGUACAGGACAGCAGGCAGGCUCAGGGUCAGGGGCAGGCAGAGAUGUCAGGCAGGCGGGCUAAGAGUCAGGACAGGCAAGGGUCAAAACCAAGAGCAAGAAAAAGAGAGACUAGGGAAAAGCAGGAGCGGAGACAAAAUGCUGGUUGACUAGACAAACAAGAUGAACUGGCAACAGACAAACAGAGAACACAGGUAUAAGUAUCCAGGGGAUAAUGGGGAAGAUGGGCGACACAGGACAGGUGAAACAGAUCAAGGUGUGACAAAUACAGGUGUAUUUAAUUACUUUGUAACAUGAAUGGAUUCACAUACAAGGUAUAAAGCAAGGCAAUACUGACAUUAACAAAGCAUUAUUCUAAGCAUGAUCAGAGAGAGAAAGGGAAAUCAAUAAGAUGGUGCCGGAGGAGAGGGCUGCUGUUUAACGUGCUCCUAACCUAUUGUGCUAUUCUGUGUGUUUUUUCACAUUAUUUGUAACUUAUUUUGUACAUAAUGUUUCUUCCACCGUCUCUUAUAUCCGAAACGAGCUUCUGGAUAUCAGGACAGUGAUUACUCACCUCGUACUGGACAAAGAUUUUUUCUUUAAUGGGUCGAACGUGAAGGUUUACUUCAGACACUCGACAAGGCCCAAAUCCCCGUCAUUCGCAUGAAGAAGAGACGGCGAAACCAGAGACAUAGGUCGGGGUGCCUUGUAAGGAUCCGACGGCGAGUGAGUAAUCCGCCUUUACCAUCAGUCCUAUUAGCCAAGUGCAAUCAUUGGAUAAUAAAAUGGUCGAGCACCGAUCAAGACUAUCCUACUGUAAGAAUUAUUUGAAGAUAAAUACACAAUGCAGAGGACGAGAGGACUAGAAUUAACGAUCAAUGGAAAUAGUGAUUUUUCUGAAAUAGGAAAUUAUUGAUCAAUGGGUCAGAGACAUGAGGAAUUUGUCUCGGCAUCGAGGCUGAAGUAGGAUACUUGUUAUUUGGCCAUUGGCCCAGUUUGAUUGCAAGGAAUUCUAAUUGGGCAACCACAGGCUAGGGCUGGGUUAUAAAACUACAUCUUGUGACCUUUGUUCUGUGGAGAGGAUCACAGGAGAGAAUCACUGAGGACAGGGGAGCAUGAACAUCUACCAUCUACCUCCCCGCAUGAUUUGUUCUCUGAAUACACCUAUUUUCAUCCUCCUGGCUUGCUUUGGGGUCUGUGUUAUUGAAGAAUAACAUCAACUGCUAACACUAUCAACGGGACAUUAAAAACUGUAAUAUCUUAUGUUUCACAGAGUCGUGGCUGAACGAUGACAUAGAUAGCAUACAGCUGGCUGGGUUUUCGGUGCAUCAGCAAGAUUGAACAGCUGCCUCCAGUAAGACAAGGAGUGGCAGUCUGUGUCUAUUUGUAAAUAACAGCUCGUGCACGAAAUGUAACAUAAAGGAAGUCUCAAGGUUUUGCUCGCCUCGGGUAGAGUAAGCAAGCAACACUGAAGCAUGCAUGAGAGCAGCAGCUGUUCCGGACGACUGUGUGAUCACACUCUCCGUAGCCGAUGUGAGUAAGACCUUUAAACUGGUCAACUUUCACAAGGCCGCUGGGCCAGACGGAUUACCAAGACUUGUACUCCGAGUAUUUCCUGACCAACUGGCAAGUGUCUUCACUGACAUUUUCAACCUGUCUAUCAGACCUCAGGAUAAGAUCCAGAUGCAGAGGAGACAGAGGGCUGUGAGACAAAGGUUUAAUUCUUAAUACAUGAAAAGUGGGAUGUCUACGGAGGGUGCAGAGCAACAGAAGACGACCAGCAGAGGGGUUAAGAAUCUUAGAGAUGGGAAAGGGCCGAUAAAAUGGGGGAAAGUUUCCGGUACUCCAACUGGAGGGGCAGAUCCCGAGUGGACAGCCAUAUCCUCUCGCUCAGGCUAGAGUGGGGGCUGAUAACCCAUCGAACACUCAAAAGGUGAGAGACCAGUGGCUGAGCAGGGAAGGGUGUUUUGCGGGCUUAUUCCACCCAAACGAGUUGCUGGCUCCAGGUGGUGGGGUUGGCGGAGACGAGGCAGAGAAGAGUCGUCUGAUUUGGCAUGGGUCCUCAGAUCCUCAAAAAGUUCUACAGCUGCACCAUCGAGAGCAUCCUGACUGGUUGCAUCACCGCCAUACGCAGAGGGUAGUGCGUACGGCCCAGUACAUCACUGGGGCCAAGCUUCCUGCCACCCAGGACCUCUAUACCAGGCGGUGUCAGAGGAAGGCCCUAAAAAUUGCCAAAAACUCCAGCCACCCCAGUCAUUUUCUCUGCUUUCGCACUGCAAGCGGUACCGGAGUGCCAAGUCUAGGUCCAAAAGGCUUCUAAACAGCUUCUACCCCCAAGUCAUAAGACUCCUGAACAGCUAAUCAAAUGGCUACCUGGACUAUUUACAUUGUUUCCCCCCCACCCCCAUUUUUACACUGCUGCUACUCUCUGGUUAUUAUCUAUGCAUAGUCACUUUACCUUUACCUACAUAUUACCUCAAUUACCUCGACUAACAUGUGCCCCUGCACAUUGACUCUGUAUCGGCACCUCCUCUAUAUAGCCUCGAUACUGUUAUUUUAUUGUUGCUCUUUUAUUUGUUAUUUUUCAAAAAAAAAAAUUUUUUUACUUCAGUUUAUUUUUGAAAAAUACUUUAUUAACACGUACCUUUCUUAAAACUGCAAUGUUGGUUAAGGGCUUGUAAGUAAGCAUUUCACUGUAAGGUAUUUGGCGCAUGUGACAAAUAUUUUAUUUAUUUAUUUUAUUUAAAAGUAUAGCCUGAAAGGCCAUGCCACAAAAGUUCAGAGAAAGAGAAAGAGAGAGAGAGAGAGAGUAUCUCACCACAGCAGUUCAGGAACAACAAUGAUAAAUAACAAUGAAUCUAAGACCCUUUUAUAAGCAUCUGAGUUGUUCGGUUUCAAAAUAUAAGUUGUUGAUCAAUAGUAUUACUGUAAAGUUAACCUCCAAUCAAGUAUCAGACCUACAAUGCAUUUGGAAAGUAUUCAGACUCAUUUUUCCAAAUUCUGUUACGUUACAGCCUUAUUCUAAAAUUGAUUAAGUUAAUAAUUUUCCUCAUUACCCUACACACAACACCCCAGAAAUUUUGCUUAGGUCCAUCCUGUUACCAUUGAUCAUCCUUGAGAUGUUUCUACAACUUGAUUGGAGUCCACCUGUGGUAAAUUCAAUUGAUUGGAUAUGAUUUGGAAAGGCACACACCUGUAUAUAUAAGGUCCCACAGUUGACAGUGCAUGGCAGAGCAAAAACCAAGCCAUGAGGUCGAAGGAAUUGUCCGUAGAGCUCCGAGACAGGAUUGUGUCGAGGCACAGAUCUGGGGAAGGGUACCAAAACAUUUCAGCAGCAUUGAAUGUCCCCAAGAACACAGUGGCCUCCAUCAUUCUUAAAUGGAAGAAGUUUGGAACUACCAAGACUCUUCCUAGAGGUGGCCGCCUGGCCAAACUGAGCAAUUGGGGGAGAAGGGCCUUGGUCAGGGAGGUGACCAAGAACCCGAUGGUCACUGACAGAACUCCAGUGUUCCUUUGUGGAGAUGGGAGAACCUUCCAGAAGGACAACCAUCUCUGCAGCAAUCCACCAAUCAGGCCUUUAUGGUAGAAUGACCAGACGGAAGCGUCACGUCUGGAGGAAACCUGGCACCAUCCCUACGGUGAAGCAUGGUGGUGGCAGCAUCAUGUUGUGGGGGUGUUAUUUAGCGACAGGGACUGGGAGACUAGUCAGGAUCGAGGGAAAGAUGAACAGAGCAAAGUACAGAGAGUUCCUUGAUGAAAACUUGCUCCAGAGUGCUCUAGACCUCAGACUGGUGCGAAGGUUCACCUUCCAAUAGGUCAACAACCCUAAGCACAAAGCCAAGACAUCACAGGAGUGGCUUUGGGACAAGUCUCUGAAUGUCCUUGAGUGUCCCAGCCAGAGCCCAGACUUGAAACCGAUCGAACAUCUGGAGAGACCUGUUGUGCAGCUCCCCAUCCAACCUGACAGAUCUUGAGAGGAUCUGCAGAGAAGAAUGGGAGAAACUCCCCAAAUACAGGUAUGCCAAGCUUGUAGUGUCAUACCCAAGAAGACUCAAGGCUGUAAUCGCUGCCAAAGGUGCUUCAACAAAGUACUGAGUAAAGGGUAUGGAUAUUUAAGUACAUGUGAUAUUUCCUUUUUUUUGUUUAUAUACAUUUGCAAACAUUUCUAAAAGUCUGCUUUUGCUUUGUCAUUAUGGUGUAUGGUGUGUAGAUUGAUGAGGGGCGAAAACAAUUUAAUACAUUUUAGAAUAAGGCUGUAACGUAACAAAAUGUGGAAAAAGUAAACGGGCCUGCAUACUUUCCGAAUGCACUGUACGUGAUGUAACCUCUGCUUCUCAGAGGUGAGACAAUUGGGGUUAGAGCGAUAAUACAGAGAAUCUGAAUUCCUAAGACAACACAGGAAAUUCUUGCAUACAGUUGAUAAGAAGAGUCAUUUCGGGGGCUGCCCUACGUAAUAUUGUGUGUAGAUGGGUGAGAAAAAAUCAUCUAUUUAAUACAUUUUGAAUUCAGGCGGUAACACAAGAAAAUGUGGAAUAAGUCAAGGGGUAUGAAUGCUUUCUGAAUGGUCUGUAUAUACCUAUUUAUAUUUCUUCUUACAUUUUCCUAUAAUAACAACACUAAUGUCACAUUCAGGAGCAGAAGUUGUGUUUCUAUUUACAGGUGACGGUGAGGUCCACGAAUGCUAUUGAUAAUAUUUAGAUAUACAGAAAUAGAUGUACAAAGUGGUCAAUAAACUUAAAUGAAAAAGAAAUGCCUAGGAGCAGGCAAAACUGUAUAUACCAGUUGAGGCUGCUGAGGGGAGGACUGCUCAUAAUAAUGGCUGGAACAGAGCGAAUGGAAUGGCAUCAACCACAUGGAAACCAUGUGUUUGAACUUGUUGAUACCUUUCCACCUAUUCUACUCCAGCAUGCCCAUCCUCCCCAAUUAAGGUGCAACCAACUUCCUGUGGUCUAUACCAUAAAGACCAGGUAGCGGUGUAUCAGGCUCUCAUCAGCCUUCCCUCACAAUUACCAAAACGAAUCCAUCAAGAAGCCCAAAAACAGAAUAAUACGUCAUAUACAGUUGAAGUCGGAAGUUUACGUACACUUAGGUUGGAGUCAUUAAAACUCGUUUUUCAAUCACUCCACAAAUUUCUUGUUAACAAACUAGUUUUGGCAAGUCGGUUAGGCUAGUCAUUUUUCCAACAAUUGUUUACAGACGGAUUAUUUCACUUAUAAUUCACUAUCACAAUUUCAGUGUGUCAGAAGUUUACACACACUAAGUUGACUGUGCCUUUAAACAGCUUGGAAAAUUCCAGAAAAUUAUGUCAUGGCUUUAGAAGCUUCUGUUAGGCUAAUUGUCAUAAUUUGAGUCAUUUGGAGGUGUACCUGUGGAUGUAUUUCAAGGCCUACCUUCAAACUCAGUGCCUCUUUGCUUGACAUCAAGGGAAAAUCAAAAGAAAUCAGACAAGACCUCAGAAAAAAAAUUGUAGACCUCCACAAGUCUGGUUCAUCCUUGCGAGCAAUUUCCAAACGCCUGAACGUACCAUGUUCAUCUGUACAAACAAUAGUACGCAAGUAUAAACACCAUGGGACCACGCAGCCGUCACACUGCUCAGGAAGGAGACGCAUUCUGUCUCCUAGAAAUGAACGGACUUUGGUGCGAAAAGUGCAAAUCAAUUCCAGAACAACAGCAAAGGACCCUGUGAAGAUGCUGGAAGAAACAGGUACAAAAUUAUGUAUAUUCACAGUAAAACGAGUCCUAUAUCGACAUAACCUGAAAGGCCACUCAGCAAGGAAGAAGCCACUGCUCCAAAACCACCGUAAGAAAGCCAGACUACGGUUUGCACCUGCACAUGGGGACAAAGAUCAUACUUUUUGGAUAAAUGUCCUCUGGUCUGAUGAAACAAAAAUAGAACUGUUUGGCCAUAAUGACCAUCGUUAUGUUUGUAGGAAAAAUGGGGAGGCUUGCAAGCCGAAGAACACCAUCCCAACCGUGAAACACGGGGGUGGCAGCAUCAUGUUGUGGGGGUGCUUUGCUGCAGGAGGGACUAGUGCACUUCACAAAAUAGAUGGCAUCAUGGGGACGUAAAAUUAUGUGGAUAUAUUGAAGCAACAUCUCAAGACAUCAGUCAGGAAGUUAAAGCUUGGUCGCAAAUGGGUCUUCCAAAUGGACAAUGACCCCAAGCAUACUUCCAAAGUCGUGGCAAAAUGGCUUAAGGACAACAAAGUCAAGGUAUUGGAGUGGCCAUCACAAAGUCCUGACCUCAAUUCUAUAGAAAGUUUGUGGGCAGAACUGAAAAAGCGUGUGCGAGCAAGGAGGCCUACAAACCGGACUCAGUUACACCAGCUCUGUCAGGAGGAUUGGGCCAAUAUUCACCCAACUUAUUGUGGGAAGCUUGUGGAAGGCUAUCUGAAACAUUUGACCCAAGUUAAACAUUUUAAAGGCAAUGCUACCAAAUACUAAUUGAGUGUAUGUAAACUUCUGACCCACUGGGAAUGGGAUGAAAGAAAUAAAAGCUGAAAUAAAUCAUUCUCUCUACUAUUAUUCUGACAUUUUACAUUCUUAAAAUAAAGGGAUGAUCCCAACUGACCUCAGACAGGGAACUUUUACUAGGAUUAAAUGUCAGGAACUGUGAAAAACUGAGUUUGAAUGUAUUUGGCUAAGGUGUAUGUAAACGUCCGACUUCAACUGUAGAUUUCGAAAAUAUGUAUUUUACUUGGGGAAACAACGUCAAAGAUUUUCAGCAAAUAGUCUGACAAUUGGCAAUACAUUUUUAAAGAUUAGUCAAAUGUUUUUUAAGAUUAGUCUACUUUUUAUUAACACAGUUAAUUCCAGUUAUGCAGAGUUGUAUCUCUUAUCAAUGCUAUUAAAUCUAAAGCUAACCA